UCGAGUCAGGCUGGUGUAACACAUCUGAGCAUAUUAGACGUGCCUGGCCAAAUUGAGAUCUUACAGUCGGACGGUCAGGCUGGGUGCCACGUCAGAUGUGUGAUAUAAUUUCGAAAGAGAACCUUAUUUCAAUUCAAACGAUAACUAGACUGCAACAAAAGAGCAACCAAAGGAGUACUUCUGCGGCUAUCACUAAUUCGGACGCGUCCUCUGGUUCAACUUUCUUUGGACAAUUGUCUAUUUGUCAAACUUACCGUUAGCUAUAUUAAACACCAAGUUAUAUAGCUUUCUUUUUUCCAGGACAAACGCUGCGAAGGAUCUGAACGUUAUCUGACGUUCGUGAAAAUCAAAAAAGCAAAGGAAAUAUUGUCCAUGCAAGACGCGUUCAUUCAGCGGGAAUAAGGAACAAAGACAUUCGUGUUACAACAGAAGCGCUCUCCGGUGGAUCAGUUUACUUACAGACGUGAAGAGAACAAAACAAUGCAAAGUUUACGACAGAAAAAAGUGUAUUGAUGUCUGCAAAACUCUUCAAAGUCGGAGAUCUUUCUAAGUCAUCUGCUGUUCAAACUGACGAAUUUGUGUUUAUGUUUUUGCAUGGCAAAUAUUUCUUUUCCCGCUUUUUGACUAAAUUUAACAACUUCUCCGUCUUCGCUGCAUCACAUUUUCUUUUUUCCCUUCUGAAAAUGUUCUCUGACAACUAGACAGAACUAAGUGCGCCCGUAGUUUUCAUUGUUCUGUUUUGGAGAGGAGUGGGUCCUUUGUCUCAAGCAGCGAGAUGAAUAUGAACCUGUCAACUCCUACACCUCCACCUCCACUGCGACUGAAGCGAGUAGACUUUGAGGACUCUCACAACACUGAUACCUUCAAAUGCAAGCGCCGCAGGCUCAGUCAGCCUCCCUCCCCUGGUCUUGCUCCCUGUCUUCGCCCCCUGUCCCAGACCCUGGAACAACAAGUCUCGGAGAAGCACCAUGUGUCCCGUAUCGGACCCUAUAUUCUGCUGGAGGCCACAGAAGGAACUCAGACUUUUAGAGCAGUUCAUCGUGUCACAGAACGGGAUUACACGUGCAAGGUGUUUUCAAUCAAGAAGUAUCACGAGUUCAUCGCACCCUACACACGCCUGUUGCCACACAGCAACAUCUGUAAGAUUUCGGAGGUGUUGCUGGGGGAGAACAACUUGUACAUAUUCUUUGAGCGUAACUAUGGGGACAUGCACUCGUAUGUGCGCAGCUGCAAGAGACUACAGGAGGACGAGGCCGUGCGGCUGUUCAGCCAGAUGGCAGCUGCAGUCGCGCACUGUCACGAGAACGGCAUCGUUUUAAGAGACCUUAAACUGCGCAAGUUCCUGUUCACUGAUCCGCAGAGAACAAAGCUGGUCUUGCAAAACUUGGAGGACUCUUGUCUGCUUAACGGCAAUGACGACUCGCUGACAGACAAACAUGGCUGCCCGGCCUACGUCGGCCCGGAGAUUUUAAACUCACAACACUCCUACUCUGGGAAGGCUGCCGACGUAUGGAGCCUCGGUGUUGUUCUUUACACCAUGUUAGUUGGACGUUACCCAUUUCAGGAUGUGGAACCCACAGCAUUGUUCAGCAAAAUUCGUAGGGGUGCGUUCACCAUCCCCGACACUCUUUCACCCAGGGCUAAGUCUUUGGUGUGUUGUAUGCUAAGGAAAUGUCCUUCAGAGAGGCUAGAGGCUGGAGAUAUUCUUCUCCACCCAUGGCUGCACUAUAGCAACAGCAUAUCCCUCAGCCAGCACUCCAACACCAGACACUCAAUGGAUCAGAUUGUCCCUGAUUUUAAACUGAGCAAGAGUGAAGAUUGCUAGUAAUUCCACAAGGGGUAAAUUAAAGCGCCUCCUUCAUUCUGUUUACUUCCCUGACUCCACAGUUUUCGG